ACAGGCAAGGGGAGAGGAGUGGAUGACUGAGCGCAACCUGAAUAGAGAGUAGUGUGCUCCAUAACACGGCGAGACCGGAAAGAACAAUGCUGAGAAUAUCGAGGAAAUGGAAACAUGACAGUGAAUCAAGUGGAUAUUUCUACAUUUGAGGAUUACAAAUACAGAGACUGGAUGGACACCUGUUAUUGUGGCAUCGUAACAGUUUGUCUGAACUGGGUAGUCCUCAGCGAUUGACUUUGACCUUCCUUAGUCAGCAGACUGCUUGACUGCGUGGUGUGGGAAGAAAGAUGGAGAGGCGGAGACAGGGAGUGUCCACCGGAAAACAGCGAAAAAGUGGAGUAGUAGUCAGGGGAGUUGAUGCAUUGUGAUGAGAGAGCUCGCUGCAUUGCACAAGUCACACUAUUACAGACAUUCUCUCUCAUAGAUGGGGCCAAUUCAACUUUGCCUACAAACUUAUUCUCUGGACUGUACUGGGGUUUACAACGCAUUUUGAACAACUUAAGAUUUUAGUCCUGCUAGUAUACUAUGAACAAUUCAGGAAACCCCUUGGGAUGUCCAGCUCGGGUGCCCAGAGUAGUGGACACCAGGACAGGGGAGGUUAGGGUGGGUGAGGGGGUAAGAAUUGGGGAGAGAGAGCCCCCUUUGCGAGUGUCACCUUUCAGAAUGCUCCGAAUGUUGGACUCAUGUCGUCCACCGGGAAAUCGCAUUGGUAUUGUCCAUGAGAAUGUGAAGAUGGGAUCAGAUGGAGAGAGUGAUCAGGCAUCUGGGACAUCUUCUGAUGAAGUCCAAAGCCCAGUCCGGGUCAGGAUGAGGAACAACCAUCACCGGAGAAUCUCUACUGAGGACAUAAACAAGAGGUUGUCCCUGCCAGCCGAUAUCAGACUACCAGAGGGUUAUUUGGAGAAGUUCGCCAUGAACAGCCCGCCUUUUGACAAACCAAUGAGCCGCAGGUUACGACGAGCUUCACUGUCGGAAAUCGGUUUUGGGAAACUUGAAACCUAUAUCAAACUGGACAAACUUGGGGAGGGCACCUACGCCACAGUGUAUAAAGGCAGAAGCAAAUUAACUGACAACUUGGUGGCUCUGAAGGAAAUCCGACUAGAGCAUGAAGAGGGAGCACCCUGCACAGCCAUCAGAGAAGUGUCUCUGCUGAAAGACUUGAAGCAUGCCAAUAUUGUCACCCUCCACGACAUUAUCCACACAGACAAGUGCCUGACUCUGGUGUUUGAGUACCUGGAAAAAGACCUGAAGCAGUACAUGGACGACUGUGGGAGCAUUAUGAGCAUUCACAAUGUAAAGAUCUUCCUGUUCCAGCUGUUGAGGGGUUUGGCUUAUUGCCACAAAAGGAAGGUCCUGCACCGAGAUCUGAAACCACAAAACCUACUCAUCAAUGAAAAGGGGGAGCUGAAACUGGCAGACUUUGGUUUAGCAAGAGCCAAGUCUGUUCCAACAAAAACCUACUCAAAUGAAGUAGUGACGUUAUGGUACCGUCCUCCAGAUGUGCUACUGGGAUCCACAGAGUACUCCACACCCAUCGACAUGUGGGGUGUUGGCUGUAUUUUUUAUGAGAUGAUCACUGGCAGACCCUUGUUUCCAGGGUCGACUGUGGAGGAUGAGCUCCACCUUAUAUUUCGGAUACUUGGUACCCCUACAGAGGAGUCCUGGCCAGGCAUUACCACAAGUGAAGAGUUUAAGACUUACAACUUCCCGCAAUAUCAAGUUGAACCUCUGGUGAACCAUGCACCAAGGAUAGACAGUGAUGGUCAUGACUUGCUGUCUUUGCUAUUAAAGUUUGAAGCAAAGAAAAGAAUAUCAGCAGAAGACGCUCUAAAACAUGUUUAUUUUAGAAGUCUCGGUGAACAGGUUCAAACACUGGCAGACACGGCAUCCAUAUUUUCAGUAAAGGACAUCGCGCUACAGAGAGAUCCAGGGAAGAGAUCUUCAGUCUAUCCAGAAUCAAGUCAGGGAAAGAGCAGGAGGCAGAGUGUACUGUUUUAGUGCUAGCGACGCUGCUGAAGAGAGGAUGACCAGAUGAGGACAAGGCUGAACGAGACACUUGUAACUGUCUGGCAGAGUCUCCUAUACCAUGUCACUUGUCUACACCGAAGGAGUGACCCACACACAAACUCUACCCCAUGUAAACCUAUGGAAUUGACAGAAGUAUGGCUGAAGAAUUGAUACUUGAUUAAAAAAUAAUUCCCACAAGUAGGAUCCUCCUUCCUUGCUGCUGCUACUACUGCUGCUGUCCACAAGAGGGCAGCGUUAUGACUUGCUGUAUCAGUGAGAUGUAUGGAAAAAAAUAUUGGGGACUUGCACCUCAGAAGUGAACUUUCUGCCCUAUUUAAAAGAACCAUACAGUCUCUAAAUAUCUCCAAAGACACACCAGACACUGUCCAAUUUGAGUGUGUGUCUUCUACGGGAGUUUACAUAGUUAAAGUUAAGCACCUUAUUGUUCAGUAGACAUCAGGGUGGCUGUCAUAACUUACCUCAUCCAGCACAGACGUUCAAAAUGAAGAAGUGAACCAAAAAACAAAAUAUAAGAUGGACAUCACCACAUAUCAGUUCAUGAAGAAACAUGCUGUAAAGGCUUGCUUAGCACUCCUGUUUCAUGGAUAGAGAUGUCAAGGAUGUUUUCACAACACUCCUGAUGUGUACUUCUAUUUUGCCUUUAUCUCUCAAUGUCCAGAUCGUUUUGCACCUAAUUUUACCUCUUUAGACCAAGUAGAAGGCCUGAAACCUCUUCUGGCUACACUCACCUGCCUUUUUAUGUUCAAUCUGUAUAUAUUUGAUCAAACCUUUCUUGAAUUUUGUUUCAAUUUGGAGUUGUAUGACUGAGGACGUGUUGCACAUUCCUUAAGCUCAGGACUCAUUACGAUAGCGUGGUGAUUUGAAUGCUGUAAGUAAGGCUGUCUUUAUGUCCUACCUAGCUGAAAAACCCUUUGCAAAGUUAGCUCAAAGUGACGCCCAAUCAGUCAUUAUAGAACAAUCGGGUAUAACAUUAUUACUACCGAAAUACAACACCAUUGCCUCAGUGAGUGACAUGAAUAACACAACAUAUUGAUAAUACAUAUCUUUUUGUUAUCUUCUGGGUGAGUUUGCCAAGGAAACAUCUAUGAUAGAGAAAAAAAAAAAUAGGUCAAAGUGCAUGGUCGCUUCCAACUGACCCACCUAUGUAUCUCUAAUCUUAUAUUAUUUAAGCUUAGAUAAGCUUAUAUUGCUGAAGAUGACACAGUUGUAUAUAUAUAAGGAUAUAUAUUCACAGGUGGUCAUAAUGUUAUGUCUGAUUGGUGUAUCAUACAUCUUCUGACACUCAUUUUUCAUUCUUGCCUAUAGGCUACUUGCCGUUUUGAGCAUGUGUUGAGUUUGUAUGUGAAACAUUUACAUCAAUGCAAUAUUCUCAGCUAGUUUGCAUGUUUUUACUUUUGUACACAUCACACUGACAUAAUAAAGGCAAUGACAAAUCACAAUCUUCAGACACUGCAUUGUGUAGAACAGUGCAUUAACUCAGUGCUUUGGUAAAGGAACAAUGUUGUUUCAUGAGACUUAACUUUCCAAGCUGCCAGAAACAACAGGACCAAAGCUUAAAGCACAUGUCUCAUAGACCAUUUGUCGAUAUUGUACUGUAUAUGAAGGUUGUGUUGGUGUUUUAAUUGCCCUGGUCUCUCCUGCUCAGAACAUCAGUGAAUGAGGGCCAUGGAAACUUCUUUGUGUCACUGUCAUAAUACUAAAUCAUUAUAAUAUAAGUAAUUCCUGCAAUGCAUGUGGUAAGUGUAACUCCAUUUUGAAAUUCUCAAAUCUAGUUACAUUUCCUUAAUAGUACCUAAAUUUGACUCUAUAUUUCUUGGUAUUCAAUUAUUCAAAAUUUUACAGUGAUGUAAACAAAUUUCCUUGACCUUGCUUUAUCAGAAUGGUGUCUUGUUAACCCAGAGUGUCACAGUAUGUAGCAUGUACAAAGAGAAAGCCCUCACUAUGUUGUAAAUAGUGUAUAGGUUUGAUACUGCUGUUCUUGCUUUCGGUUUAUGGAGAUCUCAUAGCAAUAUUUCUGUAACAAAUUAAGAAGCCACGGUGAUGUGAUGAUUUGAUUUGAGAGGAGAUGACUGUGAAUGAUUGAAUUGUGAGACUAAAAAAAAUUGACCCUUGCUUGGUCCAAAAGCGUGGAGUGUACUUUUGUGUUGCAAAGAAGAAGUAACAAACACUGUUUUUUUUUUUGUUUUUGUUUUUUUUGUUUUUUUUGUUUUUUUUUACCAAUGAAAGCCAUAUGGUCAUAACCAGGUCUGCAGAUAAUGUGGGUGAAUGGGGAUCACAUCUGAGCACAGGCCUAAUAAAGCAAAAUGGGGUGCAAACCUA